AUGGCAAGGGGCAUGUCAAACGUCUCUCUCCGGGUUGAAGAGGACACCGAAAACCCACCUUCAGCUGUUCCGGGACCACCAGAUGGUGGUUAUGGUUGGGUUUGCGUCGCGGCAUGCUUUACCAUCAACUGCUUCACGUGGGGAGUGGUAUCUUCGUACGGAGUUUUCCUUGGAUACUACCUAGAAAAAGACAUUUAUCCAGCGGCGACACCUAUGGACUUUGCUUUCAUUGGAGGAUUGAACUUUUCAGUAGCGAUGCUGGCCUCUCCAGCCGUCACAGUUCUGGUUCGGCGUAACCCUAUUGGCAUCCACCUCCCCAUGCUUCUGGGUGUAGUUUUCCAAACAUCUGGAUUUAUCACAGCAUCUUUUGCAACCCGUAUCUGGCACCUCUACCUUACACAGGGCGUUUUGGUUGGCCUCGGCGUUGGCUUCUCUUACCUUCCCAGCAUUGCUAUCCUGUCGCAAUGGUUUAGUCGCCGCCGUAGCUUGGCUAACGGCAUCAGCGCUGCAGGAUCUGGUAUCGGUGGUUUAAUCUUCUCCUUUGCUGUUCGCGCAGCUAUUAGCAAUAUCUCCUUGGCUUGGGCACUUCGGAUGACUGGUCUCGUCAGUGGCUUCAUGAAUAUCAUGGCCACAAUUGCGAUUCGGAGUCGCAAUCAUAUCAUUCAGCCUAAACAGCAUCCUUUCGACAUGAACUUGCUUGGUCGGUACGACGUCGGUCUUGUCCUCGGGUGGGCAUUUGUGAGUAUGUUGGGCUACAUUACGUUGCUUUUUUCUAUGUCCAACUUUGCUAGGUCAAUAGGUCUAGACGAUUCUCAAGCCGCUAGUGCUACAGCCCUUCUGAACCUAGGGACUGCGCUUGGGAGACCGUUUAUUGGAGUUAUCAGCGAUCGCUAUGGUCGUAUCGAGACGGCGGGACUCAUCACUUUCGUAUGUGCAAUAUCCGUCUUUGCAAUAUGGGUACCAGCAACAUCAUAUGGUGUAACUAUUCUCUUUGUAAUCAUCAAUGGGGCGAUUUUGGGUGUUUUUUGGGUUACUAUCGGCCCAAUAUGUACGGAGGUUGUCGGGCUUGUAGAGCUACCCUCUAUGCUCUCGCUAGCCUGGUUGGUGAUUGUGCUACCAACCACCUUCUCCGAAGUGAUUGCACUCAAACUGAGAAGGGAAAAAUCCGCACGCGAGUUUCUCUAUCCUCAAAUAUUUGCAGGCUUAGCGUACCUCAUCGCAAGCCUGAUAGUCUUGGAGUUGUGGCGAGUUCGCCGACGUCGGAUCGUGGUCGACCAGGCUCGAAACUAUGAAACCUCAUGA